UGCUUGUAUCGAUCCAUGGCUUCUUGAUAUUUCUACUUUAUGUCCCAUGUGUAAAGCUGAUUACACAUCUUGGAGUGAAGAAGCAUCUACAUCACUUAAUGAAGGGUCGUCAUCAUUAGCAUCGACUUCUCAAAAUGAAACAGAUACGACUUCUUCACACUCUUCACAUGCUUUCCCACAUUUCCGAUGGGUAAAAUAUUUAACUUCUGCUCGUCGAGCCAGAAGUGAACGAAGGCGUAAUAGGCGUCUACGAAAUGGACAUUCUGGUAAUACCAAUCAAAAUGAAUCUUGA